UGUGGUUCGUGUAUCCUGGAAAUUCUAGACAACGUUCACGUCCAAUGAAUCGCCUGGCGAGCAACUGCAGAUGGAAACUAUUAGAACCCGAUGAUGCAGCUCCAGCUUUUACCUGCACCCCGCGGUAAGUGUAAGUGUUAUUUUUCGCCAAUUAAUAGUACAUUCACUUAGAGUCAGAGAACAACUGGCAUUGGCUCUCCGCAGCCAGGCUGGCUCCUGACCUGUGUUGAACAUAUACUCUCUCUACUUGCCCACUGCGUUCAAUACUGGUCGUUACCCUCCUUAAAGGGGCACAAAAAAAAUAAACCACACGACCAUGGCGCCGACUCCGGCUACGUCUUCCUCCUCUCCCCUUCGGGAGAAGAACGCGGAGAUGCGGCAGCGUGCGAGCUCCGCCGACAUGUCCUCGCUGCAGUGGCUAAACGUGAUCGUCGGGACCUUCUGGCCGCACACAAAAACCGCCAUCCAGGACAUUGUGGAGAAGCAGCUGAUCCCCGAGAUCCAGAAGCAGCCCGGCUGCUCCGAGCUCCACUUCGCAAGGUUUAAUUUAGGCAGUAGGGCCCCGAGCUUCGGCCCGAUCCAGGUGCACCGACACCGGGACAAGCUCGGCCGGGAAAAACUGCACAUCCAGCUCGCGAUCGAGUACAACAGCGACAUUGACAUCUUACUGGACAGCGGAUACCAGGCCACUGUCGGUACUAAGCUUUAGUGAUAGGAAUGGAGUAGCAGGUUCUGCUGUAGCUUCGUCUUUGAUGAAGGAAACAAGCGACGUUUGUUUCUUUUGUUUCACUCGUAGCUUCACUCGUAGCAUUAUGAUAGGAUUGUCGGCAGCACAGCGGCGCAUGAUUGAGAUUGAUUGUGUUUGUCUUUACUUUUUGAGCUGUGCUACUUUACGAAUAGGACGUACAGACUAACAUCUUCUCCCUACACAACGAGCUCAACCAACUUUAUCAGGUAUCAAGGGCAUAACUUUCAACGGCAAUGUGAACGUCGUACUGGGGCCCAUGCUGGACGCCCUCCCAUUAGUCGCCUGCGCACAGGUCUUUUUCGCCACGAAGCCAGAAAUAGCAUUCGAGUUUGACGGUAAGGAACAGGGGCACUUACACUGAAUUGCUUGUGCUUGUUCUGCUUGACUCCUACUGGAAAAUUACCCCUUUAUUUCUGUGUACUACUAUGAAAAACAAAAACACGAACAGAUUUUUCUGUAUAACAAGAUGAUGAUUAGUUUGUGAAAAAUAUGAAGAGCAUAUUUUUCGAUUUUUCAGGUUUCCUCGGCGCGUCCGGUGGUUCCCUCGAGCAGUUCAUAAUUUCCACCGUGGAGGAACAGAUCUCCAAGCAAUUCUUGCUGCCGAACCGCUUGGUGCAAAUGGUUUGCCUGGAUAAGAAGCUGGUCGAUGAUCUCACCGCCGCGGCCACCUCUGUCCCCAAGGGGGUGCUUUGCGUCCGAGCCAAAUCCGCGAAGAACCUCGCCGGCGCCGACUGGCAGUGGAGCAGCGAGUCUGAUUCCUUUUUAUCAAACCCGUACCCAAAAUAUAAACUCGGCGGCAGCCAACCAGUCAUGGGUCCGGUAAGACAAAAAACCUGCGCACCGAACUGGAGUGGGGGCACGAACACGGCGGGUGGCAGUAGUUCCUCCACUUCGACGCAAGGAGGAGAAGAGGAGGACAACUUCGCGCACUUUCUGGUCUACUCCACCGACCAAUCGUUCUCCGUUGCGGUGAAACACGACCCAAAAGCGGGCGCGAGCAAUCCGCUGAUGACGUGGAGCAAAAGCGCAACGAGCGGCACGACGUUCCUCGGCGACAGCGACGAGAUACCGCUCUUAGAUUUACCGGAGCACUGGCAACGACUCGACGGAGAAAAAUCCAGUCACUUCACGCAAACGAUAGUCCUAAACACGAAACUCGUGCAAAAAGAGAUGCUGCAUGCCAAUGACCCGGUGGCGCUUGGUAAUAAAAUUGGAGUUUGAUGUAGUUCUCCAAGUCCAAUGCCUGCUUACAUAUUAUGGUAAAUGCUCGUUUAUUCCUGCUUGAGAUGAUGAACAAGUAGAUCAUCUUCCAUUCUAAAAUCUUUCAUUCGUCAACGAACAACCCAUAAAAUCGCAACAGGCACCGCCCCUUCCCUCCUGGAGCUCGAGGCUCAGUGGCUGAAGCUGAGCAAGCAGCCCCCGACAGAGAAGCCGCAGUCCUCGAUGGCGAAACCGCACGUGGCGCUCUUUGUCAAAGUCCAUGAUGCGCGGGGGGUUUCGCAGAAACUCGUCGAGGAAGGUUUGUCGGUAGAGGCGGUUGUGAAGACAGCCGGUGGAUCAUCAACUUCCUCCUCUUCCUCGGCACAGAAAAGUAAAUCCGCCAGACUCCGAGCGAUCACCGGCAAAGCGCACUUGGAGCUCGACGAAGAGGAGCUGGACAGCUUGGCCGCGAAAAAGUCCGAUCGGGGAAAUAUCUACGGAAAAAUCGCGUAUAUCGUGGAUAAACUGGUCGAGAGGAAGAUGAAGGCCAGCGACAUCGCGGACAUAAUCGGCAUGAAGGUCACUGAUGUGGAAAAGUACAUAGCGUACAAGAUAGAGCAGGACGCGAAGCAGACCCGGAUGAAGCUGAACCCGCAAGCGACCGCCCUGGAAACGAUGAAACAGAAUAAGGAAGCGCGGUGGAGCGAGGUUCUGUUCCUCUGCAUGCCGGAAGAGGACGUCGUCAUGAGCGACUUGUGGGUAAAUUUGGUCACGUCCGGGGGUACGACCAGCAUAGGGCAGCUCGUGUUCUCCCUACAGAUGCUCAAGCAAAAUGGCGGGGAGCUGAAGCGUAUCAUUUACGAUACAACAGCUUUUCUGUAGUAGACAUCCAUCACUAAUUCUGACAUUAAUGUCCUCUUUGCAGUUAGGCUUUUAGUUUUGCUACGGACUGGUGCAGUUUCCGUUGCAAGCCAAAAAAACUCAUAUACAUAUACAACCUGGUGCUGCUCUUUUCUUCUCUUUGAAAUGAAAUUGAAAUUCCCUCUAUACCCACUUGUUUAUGAAUAUGUAUGAACAACACUAUCAGGCGCCAGGCACAGUUUGAAGCCACCGGCGGAGUCCCAGCUGAUGCAAACCGCGGCGGCCGCAGCAACCCCGCUGAACCAGCUCUCCAACUGGUUUUUUUCCGCGACCAAGUCUGCGACGAACACGUGCACGCAGUCCCCGACCAGUCCGGGGGGGCAAAAGAGGAAAGUCGUCGCCGACGCCAUUGAUCUAGAGUUGGAGGUAGAACUGCUCUACCUCGUCCCUGAUUCUAUCCCCCAGUCCGAUUACGACGAGGAGUCUAUCGAAGAGGAGCCGAGCCCCAACAGAACGAAACAGGGCCAGACGAAUGGAAAUUUAAAGGCUCGGGUCAGCUACGUGGGAGAAGACGAACUGUCGCAACCAAAACCGGUGGCUAUGCUGAACAGUGGUGCGGCCGCCGGGGGAAGUAGCAGGAGAGUGUGAUCAUUAUAAUUAUAUCAAUUUCAAUGUAGGAGAAAAAAAAUAAAAAAAUGAUCAGCUUUGCACUGAAGUCUCCAGCAGCUGAAUUUCAUUUGGUUGCGCGUGCUGGAUAUGGAGUUGGAGGUGCCUUAUGCUGCGACCUUGCUGUGAUCAACUGAAACUGAUUGGACUUGUUAACUACAAAGUCGGCAGAAGAUAUCUGUGUCUGUCGACUGACUUGCGA